AUGGCAGCAGACAGCCAGACUGCAAGGCUGCCUAUAGCUCUGCAUCUGAGUCAAGAAGAGCUUCCACUUGCAUCCACCUCUCAGCAACCAGCUCCGACAGGCCGAGCGAGCUUCAGUGCAGCUGCAAGCGCAAGCUCCUCCACUUAUCGUCCAGGUGAUCAUUGGGCUGGCUAUGGACCACCUCAGCUCGACAGAUCAACGCCUUUGCUGUCUCUGGUGAGAUCCACGCUCGGUAUUGCUGCAGCCGCCUCUACGAAUGGAACCAACGACUUGGUGCAAGCCGACAGCAAAGCCGCAGAAAGGGAUUAUGACUUGAUUAGCUGCGCACUUGCGAACCCCAGCUGGCGGGCCAGAUGGGAGUCCAUGUGUCUUUCUACGCCGUCACAUUCGCUUUCUCCCGAGCUAGAUAACAAGCAAAGAGCUCUACAGGCCGAGACGUGGCGGCUCGGUGGUCCGUUUCAGCGUGGCGAGGUGAACGUCACACGGGUCGAAGAGAGCAGUCACCUCAUUGCACACGCUUCGGGCUUCAUCGCCCUUGAUUCUGUCAAUGAAGGCAUCCGCUUUGACGCCGAAUUGGCACUCAAGCAAGAAGUGCUCUACGCCGCUCAUUUGCACGUCACUUGCAUCGUCUUGCCUGCGCCCUCUCUGGAACCUGCGCGGCAGAGCUAUCUGACCGACUAUGCUCGUUCUGUCAAUGCUGUCUUGCGCGCUUCAUCUUACAUUGCCAUUGUCGUCCGAAUACCACUCUUCGCCCGAUUACCAGACGGCGGCAAAGUUCAGUCUCUGGACGAUGCAUGGUCUACAUGGCACACAAUCCAGUCGAUUUGCGACUACUCAUCACGGUUGCAGAUCUGCUUGGAUCUCUCGUACCCAUUUCCAGCAUCGCCUCAGACACCAGUCGAAGAGCAGAUCCAGGCGCAGCAGUGGUCGAGAUGGAAUGCAGAGCCUGUCAAAUCAAUCUUUCUUCCCGCGAGCAGCUUCAUUCCGAACGCCAAAGGCUACCCUGUGCUUAGCCGUGCGACGCAGAGCUUCUUGAGGAACAUAUUCCGCUACAAGCCAGUCGUCAUGCUCUCACAGACCCGAUCAGGUCUGCAUCAGACGGGUGGACCGCAAGCGUAUGCGCAAUACCUGCGGUUCCUCUCGCGAAAGGUUGAGCCUCCAACUCCAGUAGAGCAAUACGCAGGAGCCUACCUUGAUUAUCUCCAAGCGCCCCUGCAGCCUCUGCGCGAUCAGCUCGAGUCCGAAACAUACCUUGGCUUCGAACGAGAUCCGAUCAAGUACACUCGAUAUGAAGAGGCAGUCUAUCGUGCUCUGGUGGACAGACGUUCUUCUGAGCCUGCGGUGCUCUUUGUGGUGGGAGCCGGAAGAGGGCCGCUCGUGCAUGGCUCGCUGAAAGCUGCCGAUCGCGCUCGCAAGCCGAUAAAGGUCAUCGCCGUCGAGAAGAACGCCAACGCAUUUGUCAUUCUGCAAGAGAGGAAAGCGCUCGAAUGGGGCGAUCGCGUCGAGCUCGUCUUUGCGGACAUGCGCUCGUUCUCGCCAUGCUGCAAGGCUGACAUUAUCGUCUCUGAGCUACUCGGCUCUUUUGGUGAUAACGAACUUUCGCCAGAAUGCCUCGAUGGUGUCAUGCGUCAUCUCAAGCCGAAUGGCAUCUCAAUCCCCGAAUCGUACACGGCCUUCCUUGCGCCGGUGACGACUGCGAAACUUUGUGCAGAAGUGCUCGGCAACGAGACACGACCUGCCGAGACGCCCUACGUGGUUCAAUUUUACAAUUAUCAUGUUCUGUCGGCAGAUCGUACAGAGGGCGAGAAACGACUGCAAAAGUAUCAAGCAGCGUGGACAUUCGCCCAUCCUCAAGAUGGUCUCGUACUCGAUUCCUCAGGUCUCCCCUUGUCGAACACGCACAAUACCAGAUCAGCUCACUUGACAUUCCAUAUACCCCAGGCGGGCGCGAUGCAUGGCUUCUUCGGCGCUUUUGAAGCGACGCUCUACGAAGAUGUUGAGAUCUCUAUCAAUCCAGAUACGGUCGACCGCGACAUGCUAUCGUGGUUCCCCAUCUUCUUCCCGCUCAAGACGGCACUGUAUCUCCCUGCUGGAGCCGAAGUUGAUGUCCACAUCUUUAGAUUGACCGACGCGACUCAGCGGAAAGUCUGGUACGAGUGGUCAGCAGAAGCAUACCUCUGGCUACCUGCACCUUCUGUUCCAUCAACAGAAAAGGCUAACGCCGCGACGUUGUCCCCCGUCAGCUCACCGACAGGAAGCAGGAAUCUGUUGACACCAGACGCUUUCAUUCACCCGCCUUCUCCUGCGGUCAGCUCGUUCAACUUACAGCGCUCUAACAGCCUGCCAGAUCCUUCCGGUAUUCUGGCCAGAAUCAAGAUAGGCAGUUCCGGUCUGCACAAUCCGGGCGGCAAGGUCUCAAGCAUCGCAUUGUAG